AUGUUAAAUUACCCAGUCAGCUGCCCUGAGUGUGGGAAGGGCUUUACCCAGGCCUCUGCCCUGCGGACUCACCAGCGGGUCCACACAGGUGAGAGGCCGUUCCAGUGUCCCGAGUGCGGGAAAGCCUUCAGCAAUUCCUUCAACCUCCAGACACACAGGCGACUCCACACUGGUGAGAGGCCAUUUUCUUGCUCCGAGUGCAAGAAGGCAUUCAGACAUUCCUCUGACCUACUGACCCACUGGUGGGUCCACACGGGGGAGAGGCCCUACAGCUGCCCCGAGUGUGGGAAGGCCUUCAGCAAUUACUCCCACCUGCUGACUCACCAGCGGGUCCACACGGGGGAGAGGCCAUUUACCUGCCCCAAGUGCGGGAAGAGAUUUAGUCAGGUGAGCAACUUGUGGAAGCACCAGCGUCUCCACGCUGGGGAGAAGCCCUUCAGCUGCCCCGAGUGCAGGAAGGCCUUCAGCAGUUCCACCACUCUGCUGACCCACCGGCAGAUCCAUAUGGGGGAGAGGCCAUUCCCCUGCACAGAGUACGGGAAGGCCUUCAGCAAUUCCUCCAUCCUGCUGAGACACCAGAGGGUUCACACAGGGGAGUGGCCCUUCAGCUGCCCUGAGUGCAGGAAGGGGUUCAGCGAUUCCUCCAAUCUCCAGACCCACCAGCGGAUCCACACUGGGGAGAAGCCCUUCGGCUGCACAGAGUGUGGGAAGGCCUUCAUCCGCUCCUCCCACCUGCGGAGGCACCAACGAGUUCACGUGCCAUCGCAGGAUGAUUGAAGGAGCAACAACCGAGUGCCAUUAGGGACUGGACUAUCAACCCAGUUCCUGGGACUCCUGAGUUUGAAUCCAGCCGCGGCAGAUGACGGAAUUGGAAUUCGGUCAGAAAUCUGGAGUUCAGAAUCUGAUGAUGAAAUCGUUUUUAGGGUGGGGUGAAAUUGCUGAGUGAGGCAAUACUUCCUCCAGGUUACGGCUGUACCAAAGAUCCAAUUACAAAGGACAACUUGGUGAUGACCAACAGUAAAGAAAGUGAGGUUGGAUGGGAGGGUGGGUGAGAAGUAUGUGCGCUUCGACCUUGAGCUGUUUAAAAAGCAGGUACUUUUUCUACACCUUUU